GUGUCGCUCUAUAGCAACGAGGCGGUUGCGUUGCCAUAGCAACGAGGGCGAAGAGGUCCGGGCCUGGUGCGAGGCAUGGCGGGGGUGAUGCUCUGUGAACCCACCGAGCUCUACAACAUCCUCAACCAGCACCGCCGCUUCCCCAGGCUGUCCGAGCCCAACUACCUCAUCCUGCUGGAUGCCCGCACUCUUCGUGAGUACAAUGAAAGCCACAUCAUUACAGCACGCAGGAUUGAACAGAGCCCUACAGGGGAGUAUCUGGUGCCAGAUUCUGAGGAACUGGCAUGUGUCAGAUACUGCGUGGUGUAUGACUGUAUGACCAGCUCUUUGGACUUCUAUGACUCUGAGGAAGAGGAAAAAGAAAAAGGAAGCAAUGAUUCUUCAGAGACUGAACACUCUAAGCCAAGUUCCUCAUGUUCACAGAAUGCUGAGGAAGGAAGUGCUGCCCGACAAGCCAGAAGCUUGCAGCAGUUCACCCGCCAUCCGGUGCUUGUCCUGAAGGGAGGAUACAAACGUUUCUCAGCUUGCUAUCACUUCCUGAGGACUCAGAAGAUAUUGUGGAUGCCUCAGGAACUCGACAAUUUCGAGCCAUACCCUGUAGAAAUACUGUCUGGAAAGUUAUAUAUGGGCAAUUUCAAGCAGGCCUGCGACCAACAAAUUCAGAAAGAUUUGAAGAUCAAAGCACAAGUCAACAUUUCUGAACAGCCUGCAACGCUGUUGGCAGAAGAAGGCAAAUACCUCCAUAUAUCUGUUCCAGAUUCGCUUGAAGCAGAUCUUUUUUCUUCCUUUUCUACAAUUUGUCAUUUCAUUGACACCCAGCUGGAUCUCGGAGCAGUGCUGGUGUUCUCUAGCCUGGGGAUAAGCCGGAGCAGCACAGUAACCAUGGCCUAUCUUAUGCAUUCCUUCCAGUUUUCCCUGAAGAAAGCUUGGGACUACGUUCUGAAAUGCAAAACGAAUGUGAGACCACACCGGGGCUUUGUGAAACAGCUUUCAGACUGGGAGGCUCAAAUCUAUGGGACCACCAUCACUGAUGUCUCUGAACCCAAUUACUGAGCACAGGGAAGGAUGCUUCUUUGUCUGCCCCAGUGCCUCAUCUGUAGGUAGAAAGUGAACUCAACUCUGUUGACAAAGCUGUUAACAUAACAGAAUUGUUUUUAUCUUUAGCUCUAAUAAAUGGAGUCUGUAUUUGGA